AUGGCGCCCAACAAGCCUGCCAGCGUGAUCGAGAUUCUCUCCGAUGAUGAGCCCGCCUCUGAGCCCGAUGCGACGGUGCAGCCCGGCGUCAGGGCUCUCGGGAAGCGCAAGCUCGUCCCUGACUUUGAGGAAAAGGUCGCUCUUCGUGUACCAGAACGGAGGCGUGCUGGGCGACGACAUGGGCCUCGGCAAGACGGUGCAGGUCGCCGCCUUUCUGACGGCCCCUUCGGCAAGACGGGCGACGCGCGCGACGGCAAGCGCAUGAGGAAGAUGAGGCGGGAUGCGCGCCGGUGGUAUCCCCGCGUGCUCAUCAUCUGCCCCGGCUCGCUCAUUGAGAACUGGAAGAAUGAGCUGAAUCGCUGGGGCUGGUGGUCUAUUGACCUGUUCCACGGCUCGACCGCGCAGAAGGAGGACGUGCUGGGUGCGGCGCGGGCCGGCAUGCUGGAGAUCAUGGUGACCACGUACCAGACGUACAAGAACCACGCCAGCUCCAUCAACACGAUCCAGUGGGACGCCGUCGUGGCAGAUGAGUGUCAUGCGCUGAAGAGAGGCUCUGCCGAGAUCACGAAGGCCAUGAACCAGAACAACUACACAGAGCUCUGGACGUUGCUCAACUGGACCAACCCAGGACACUUUGGCACGGCAGGCGAAUGGGACCGGACGAUCGCAGGCCCUCUCCGGCUGGGGCAGUCCCACGACGCCACAUUCUAUCAACUGCGAAACGCACGCAUAACAGCGAAGAAGCUGGUGACCAACCUCCUCCCAGGGUUCUUCCUCCGACGGAUGAAGUCUCUCAUUGCGCAUCAACUCCCCAAAAAGAGUGACAGGGUCGUCUUCUGCCCGCUGACGGAAGACCAGCGGGCCGCGUAUAAAAGAUUCGUAGGACAGCCAGAGCUCGAGCUGCUCCGUACGCUUUCGAAUCUCUGUGCGUGCGGGUCUGGCAAGAAGCGAGGCUGGUGUUGCGAUGCGAGGGUGGCGGACGGCAGGUCAUGGCAGUCCGUCAUCUUCCCCUCCGUGACGACGCUGCAAAGCUUGCGAACCACCUCAUGCUGCUCGUGCCCCCAGCACGGAACCCGACGAUAG